CUAUCGUAGCUAAACAGCUGCCUCAGAGCGAAGAUGAAUAUCAGGCAGCAGGUUUUGCCCUUGGAUUCCGCCUCGUGUAAUAAGCCAACAAGUGACAAGGCAUACUCGUAGUUCGUGACUUGUUAUAUAAAUGGGGCCUAAUUUUCGUCUCCUCACCAAAUGGCUUUGCUCUUCAUGCUGAGAUAGUUAAUUACAUCCAGGAGAACAACUCGGCCCGCAAUGGCAAAUCUACAGAAUAUCCCAGAAAUCAUCCUCCUUUGCAUGGAGGAGAAGUUCAUCACAGCAUUCAACGAAGCUCUCCCGACGCAAUGGCCGUCCUUCGCAGAGAACCCGAAGGUCAAGAUUACCGUGCUUAAUAUGGGACUUCAUGCGGUCCCGGCCACGACCAAGUUCCAAUUAGUUGUCUCACCUGCCAACUCCUACGGCCGCCUGGACGGUGCCUUUGAUGAUGCGAUCUCGCGGAAAUUCUGCCGUCCACAUCAUCCUUAUGAUACGCUAACGCGCGCAGCGCAACAAGUGCUUUACGAAAAAUGGAGAGGCUUUGCGCCCCCGGGAUCUUGCACGCUGGUCCCGUUCCCUAAAGAUAUGGAAGGCACGAAUGCUUGGGGCUGUAAAUGGGUAGCGAUUUGUCCGACCAUGCGAGCUCCAGAUAACGUUACGUGGGACCGAGAAGUGGUGUACGAGUGUGUGUGGAGUUUGCUAUGUCAAGUGGAAUGCUGGAACCAUGACCGAUCCGAGGACAGGAUUGAUAGUAUCCUGAUGACACCACUGGCGACGGGGAUUGGGCGUGUAAGUCCUCAGAGAUGGGCAUCGCAGUUAAUCCUAGCGAUGAAGCAUUUCGUGGAUGCGUUGGAGCGACCGGAGAGGUGGAGUCAAUUGGGAUGGAGGGACAUUGAAGAGAAUGUGCUAGAGGUUGAAGAAACAUGGAAAGAAUAACUUUGGUGCAAUGUCAAUACCGGUAGAUCAGGGUCUU